AUGAGUCCUCCGCCUGUCUACGGUCCCGCGAGCGCGACGCUCCCGAGCAGCUCCGGCUUGGAUGCGAACCCCCUCGCCCACUCGCCCGUAGUGGCCGCCCAAUACUCGGAUAACGAUGACAGCACCAUCCAGACGGUCGACGAGCUGGUACGCCGACGGGCCCGGGCCUAUCCGGACCGCGUCAUUGUCUCGUACCCCUCAUCGGGCAUCAAUUAUGUCGACUACACGAUGAGGCAGCUCGACGUCUUCGCAUACCGCGUCGCCAAGGUGUAUGAGCAGCGCAUCCCGAGCAGACUCACGUCCGAUGAGAAGCCGACGACUGUGGCCGUCAUUGGCCCCUCCAACUUUGACUACCUCAUCACCAUGCUCGCCUUGACCAAGCUCGGCCACACAACGCUGUUCCUGUCGACGAGAAUUUCACAAGAGGCGAUCGAGUCUCUCAUCACCGUCACUGGCGCGCAGUACCUCCUGGCCGACAAGAGGUAUCUUGAGACGGCCGAGGCGGCCAAGCUGACGUUGCCGCAUCUGGAUGUCUUUGAGAUCGCCGGCCAGUCGACGUUCGAUUUCCCCAUCGAGGUGCACGCCGACACUCGUCUGGACUACGGGCGUGCUCUCUCGGUCGAGACCAACAACCUGGUCUACAUCAUCCACUCCAGCGGCUCAACCGGUCUGCCGAAGCCCAUAUACCAGACCCAAAAGUCGGCCAUUCACAACUACUCGAGCAGUAUGAAGAUGAAAGCCUUCAUCACCCUGCCUCUGUACCACAACCACGGCAUCUGUAACUUGUACCGGGCCGUCUACUCCGGGAAGCCCAUCCACCUGUACAACGCUGACCUCCCUUUGACGCAGGAGCACCUCAGCAGCAUCAUGCGGAAGCACAACUUUGAGAUAUUCUACGGUGUGCCCUAUGCGCUGAAGCUCCUUGCCGAGACGGAGGAGGGAAUGGACCUGCUGCGCCAGCUCAAGAUCGUCAUGUACGGCGGCUCGGCCUGCCCCGAUGGCCUCGGCGACGCGCUCGUUAAUAACGGCGUCAACCUAGUCGGCCACUACGGAGCAACCGAAGUCGGUCAGCUCAUGACGUCCUUCCGCCCGCCCGACGACAAGGCGUGGAAUUACGUCCGCGAGCACGACAAGCUCGCGCCGUACCUGAAAUGGAUACCGCGCGGCCCGAUCCUGUUCGAGUGCUGCGUUCUGCCCGGCUGGCCCGCCAAGGUCGCCACGAACCAGGACGACGGGUCCUACUGCACAAAGGACCUCUUCGAGCCGCACCCGACGAUCCCCAAGGCGUGGAAGUACAUCGCUCGGCUCGACGACACCAUCGCCCUCGUCAACGGCGAGAAGUUCAACCCCGUGCACAUGGAGGGCAUGAUCCGCUCCAGCAAGAACGUCACUGAGUGCGUCAUCUUCGGCGUCGGCAGGCCGUCCCUCGGCGCCCUCAUCGUCCCAGCCGCGGCACUCGCCGGCAAGACGGAAGACGAGAUCCUCGAGGCCAUCUGGCCUGUCGUUGAGAGCGCGGGCCGGUCCGUCGAGGCGUACGCCCACAUCUCCAAGAACAUGAUCAAGCUGCUCCCGCACGACUGCGCCUACCCGAGGACAGACAAGGGCAGCGUCAUCCGCCAGGCCUUCUACAAGACGUACGCCAAGGACAUCGACGAGGUCUACGACAACGCCGACGCCAGCAGCGGCGACCUGCAGAAGCUGGGACUCCCCGAGCUGAGGAACUUUAUCCGCGAGGGACUCGUCCAGACGCUCUCCAAGAAGGUCCAGCUUGACGACGACACCGACUUCUUCUCCCUUGGCCUUGACUCCCUCCAGGCGAUUCAGAUGCGCUCCGACAUUCUGAAGACCGUCGACAUUGGCGACAACAAGCUCGGUCAGACCGUAGUCUUUGACCACCCGUCUGUCAACAAGUUGAGCGCAUACCUGUACGGUCUCGGCACUGGCGAGGGUGUUGAGGCCGAAGUCUCCAUCGAGAGCGAAAUGCGGGAGCUGAUUGAGAAAUACGGCGACUUUUCUCCCAUAGAAUCAGCACCCAGGUCUUCCAUUGUCGUCACCGGCGCAACCGGCUCGCUCGGUGCUCACAUCGUCACCAAGCUCGCCGCCGACCCUACCAUCAAGACCAUCUACUGCUUCACUCGCGCCAGCUCCGACGCCGAAGCAGCCCGCCGCGUGAAGAGCUCGCUCAUCCAGCGCCGCCUGUACCACGCCCUGACGGCCUCCUCCCGCAGGAAGCUCGUCGCGCUGGCCACCGACUUGGCCGAUCCCAAGCUCGGCCUUGCCGAGGAGGCCUACGCCCGGGUCAAGCGGGACCUCCGCCUCGUCAUCCACGCCGCCUGGCCGGUCAACUUCAACAUGCGCCUGUCUAGUUUCGAAAAGAGCAGCAUUGCGGGCGUCAACCACCUCAUCGCCCUCUGCAAGCAAGCCGGCGACGCCGCGACGGUCGGCUCGUCGCCCGUGUCGUUCAACUUCUGCUCGUCUGUCAGCACCGUCGUCCGCGCCACGACGACGCCCGUCCCCGAGGCCGCCCCCGAGCUCGAGUGGGCGCAGGGCAUGGGCUACGCGCAGUCCAAGGUCGUCGCGGAGCACCUCUGCGCGCGCGCCGCCAAGGCCGGCAUCAGGGCCCGCGUCCUGCGCAUCGGCCAGGUCGUCGCCGACACCCGGCACGGCGUCUGGAACGCGACGGAGGCCAUCCCCCUGAUGCUCCAGUCGGCCAUCACCAUCGGCGCCCUGCCCAGGCUCCGGGAGACCCCCUUGUGGCUGCCGGUCGACACCGUCGCCCAGGGCGUCGUGGACAUCUCCCUCUCCGACGCCGGCGGUGUCUUCGCCAACGUGACCAACGCCAGGACGUUCAGCUGGACCGACGACCUCCUCCCCGCCCUCAGGGCCGCCGGCCUGGAGUUCGACGAGGUCGAGCCCAGAGAAUGGAUCCGCCGCCUCCGCGCCUCGAACCCGGACCCGGUCGCCAACCCGCCCAUCAAGCUCGUCGACUUCUUCGCGUCAAAGUAUGACAAGGACGAGUUCUCGCCGUCAAAGACGUACGCGACGGACAACGCGCGCUCGCUCUCGCCCGCGCUUGCACAGGCUCCCGUGCUGGACCAGCAGCUGGUCGACAACUUUGUCGGGUACUUCAAGGCCAACCGCUGGGUCGAAAAAGGCCAAGGCGCCGCCAAGACGGUCGUUGUGGUCACCGGCCCCUGCGGCAGCGGGAAGUCGACGCUCGCCGCCUCGCUGGCCUCUUGGCUCGGGGCCCCCUUUGUCGAGGGCGACUCGCUGCACUCGAAGGACGCUGUCGAGAAGAUGGGUAGCAACGUCGCCUUGACGGAUGAUGACCGCUCGGCGUGGCUGAGCCGCGUCGGCCGGAGAGCGGUCGAGGCCGUCGAGGAACUCGGCUACGAUUCCGUCGUCGUCAGCUGCUCGGCUCUGCGGAAGUCGUACCGCGACGCGCUGAGGGGUGCGGUCGAGAAGCGGGACGGCGUGAGGAUCGUGUUCCUCGAUCUCCAGUGCGGUCCGGACACGUUGGUCGAGCGGAUCAGCGGGAGGAACUACCACUACAUGCUGGCGAACAUGGUCGAGGGGCAGGUUGAGGUGUACGAGGGCGCUAGUGUCAGCGAGUUGGACGUUCUCCCCGUCGAAGCGGAGGGCAGGCCGGACGAGGUCUUCGAGGAGGCCAAGUGGCUGUUAGGUCAGAUCGGAGUCAAUUAA